AUGCACUCUGUAGCGUUCGAUCAGAUGUUGCCCGUUUUCAUGCAUCAUCCGCGUCAAAAGGCCGUUCAGACCCAAACGAGCUUGAUACACUUCAGUGGUGGUUUUGGCAUCAGUUCCAAUCGAAUCGGACUCCUCCUCAUCUUAAACGGAAUUUUUGGGAUGUUCGUACAGUUUAUUAUAUUCCCACCAGUGGCAAAGCGAUUCGGUGUGUUGACAUGCAUGAAAACUUGCACAGUUCUGUUCCCUGUCAUUUAUAUUGUUUUCCCGUUCACAUCUCUCAUUGAAUCAGACCAGAAGCAACAAAUUAUUGGACUGCUCCUCAUUGCUUGCAAAUGCUGCAUGACUGUUUUUGCCUUUCCCUGUAACGCCAUUCUGCUUACCAACUCAUCUGCCAGUGCCGGAACACUUGGUACCCUGAAUGGAGUUGCGACGAGCGUUGCUGAAAUUGGCCGCACAAUUGGACCUACUAUGGGUGGCUUGAUGUUCAACGUUGGUGUCGAAGCUGGGCUCAUUGUCUUGCCAUGGUGGGUCAUGGCAGCUAUUGCUUUGGCUGCGGCCCUGCCUGUAUUGUGGAUGGAAGAUAGACCUACACCCACAGAACUUGCGCCACAGAGCCAAGAACAUGCGAAUGCAGUAGAAGACUGUGAGGUCGGUGCCUCACGUCGGAGGCAAUAG